AUGCACCUGUCGGCGAGGGCAGCCGGUCGUCCCGGCGUCAAGCAGACGCGCGCGAAGUCCAAAAAGGCUAAGCAGGCAGUAAACAAACGCAGGAAGGGCGAGGAAGAGGAGAAGAAGGCCAGUCUAAAGAGGCUGAAGACGGACAUAACCUCUGACCUAUCAGAGAGCAGCGACUCAGAGAACCCACUCAACAAGAGGGCUGCCCUCUCCUCGUGCUCUUCUUCCUCCUCAUCCUCCUCCUCAUCCUCCUCAUCUUCCUCUUCCUCCUCCUCAGAGCCCAACUCUGAGAACGAGCUAAAGACUUGCAUCAGUGAUGUGAAACAAAGCGCUGUUUCCAAAAAGGAGGAAGAGGAGAAGCCGCUGAUGCCGGCCAACAAAAUGAAUGAUUCCUCGUCUCUCAUUGGUCGCCUAUCCCCGUGGGCGGAGCUUCAGGAGGACACUAAGAAGGGCGUGGUUAAGGAAACGAGCAAAAUUACAACAAAAGAGGAGGAGGAGUUGGUCGCGGUAACACAGAUCACCCAGUCUCCACGGCAACAAACGCCUGUGAUGCCUGACAGUCUUCAGGCAGGCAGUAUGGAGAGCAGCAAGAACACUGUGAAAGUGUCCUCUCAGUCACAGACGCCGGCGGUUUCCCAGCCCGGCGGCGGCGCUGUGACCGACAUCACAGAAGAGGCUCAGGCCACGGUGCACCAGGAGAGCUCCGAGGCGGUGUCAGCGCUGCUCGCCUCACAGAAUGCAGAGUCCACGGCACUCUCACCUUACCUCCCCCUCAACCCCUCCCCUGUGUCCUCGCCUCCCGUCCCUCCGUCUCCUUCGCUUUCAGAAGGAGGCCGCAAGGCAGAGACUGAGCCUUCCGCACAGCAGCAGCAGCAUGGCCUUACAGGAGGCGGCACGACAGCAGUCCGGAGCUCAGGAAACAAGAUGGAGUUUGCUCCCUCUGAGGUCAUCAGGCCUGUCACAUCGAUGGUUGAAAAUGUGUUGCUUGUGGAGAAGGAGAAACCUGUCCUUCCUCAUCAUCUUCAGCAUCAGCAUCAUCAGCAGCAGCAGCAGCAGCAGCAGCAGCAGCAGCAACAGCAGCAGCAGCAGCAGCAGCAGCAGCAACAGCAGCAGCAGCAGCAGCAGCAACAGCAACAGCACACACAACAGAAGCAACACUACACAUCUGUCCACCCCAGCAUUAAUAGCCCGUCUCUGUCUGAAGAGACGAGAAAACCCCCCCAGCAGCACCCACCCCCCAACAAGAUGAAUGCAGCCAUCCCUCCUGACUUCAAAUCCAAAACCAGCCCCAACCCAGCCCAACUCGACUCCCUGAAACAGAAACCCCAGCACUCCAACAACUCUCAGAGCCAUCCCUACCCAAACACAACCCCAGCUGAGCCUCUCAAAGCUAAGCCCCACCCGGGCCUGCUGGACAGCUCCAAACCCAAACCCAACACCUCCCCAGAGGUCUCUAAACAUAAAAUACAGCGAUACUCUGGCCCCUCCCCUCCGCCGAUAGGUCGUUUGUCAGCUAAAGUAGAACCAGCAGAACCUCCGCGGUCCUGCUUCAAGCCAGUGCCGGUGCGGUUGGAGUCGGGUGGGGUCAGCAGCACGAAGAGCCCCUUCAUCAUCAAUAAGAACGAGACAUUCACGGUUUACAGAGACCCCGCCCUGGUGCGUUCAGCCGCAGAGAACUCCGUCUCUGUCAGCAUCUCCUCCAACCACGUGGCAGCUUAUCUCCACCCCCACCUGCACACUCUUCACUCCCCUUCCCCUCACUCCCCCUGCCUCACCUCCGCAUCGCACCCCCAUACCUCCCAUCUCCUUGCCCCUCCUCACACCUCUGCCCUACCUCACCCGCACCUUUUACCCCCCGGGGUUCUCCCCGCCAUGCCUCCGCCCACAGCCUCUCUUCUCGGGGGCCACCCACGUCUUGACUCCCCCAGCGGGUUAGGUCACCUUGGUCUGCCUCACCCAGCCGCCGUACACCAGCAGCAGUUCCUACAGGCUCAGGGCCCCCCUCUACUAGCCCAGGCCCACAGUGGGGCCGCUGGGCUGGGCCUCUACCCCAUCCUCUGGCAGUACCCCAACGGAACACCUUCUUCCUACCCCCCAGGGCUCAACCUGCCCCCCACAGCCAAGUGGGUCCACCCUGACAAUCCUGUGAAUUCGGAAGUGUCUCUCAGGAGGAAUACAACCAGUCCGUGGCUGCACCAGGCUGGGGGGGGGGCUGAUGGUCUGGGUCUUCUGAGCCACGUUCCUGUACGGCCAGCCAGCGCCGAUCCCCACCGCCCCUCCGUCAAGAUGAACACACACGCCAGCCCUCCACUGUCAAAGGCCAGCAUGAACGCACAUAAAGAGGAGAUGGAUAAGAAAGGCUUUGUGGACCCGAUCAGGACGCUGACACUCGCCCAGCUGAAGCAGGAGCAGUCAGACAGGAGUCGCACCCCCACAGGGAAAGAAGUACACCUGCACCGCCUCUACAUGGACCCCCACAGCAAGGCCCGCAUGGAUGCGUUCAAGGCAGCAGAUCGAGCAGUAAAGUACAAAGAGAGGAUCGGCAGAUCCGUGAAGGAGGAGCAUCGAGUGCUCCCUACCAUGGUAAGAUCCAGCCGCUUCAAGCGACCCGGCAUGGACCGGACCACCCAACCACCACUCAUCCUCACACCACCUUCACCCACAACAGAACUUGCCAGCAACGGCAGCACCAACAGCAGCAGCCAGCACAAGCAACAGCAGCCCAACAACAACAGCAGCAGCAGCAGCACCACCACAGCAAGCAGCAGCACCAAACAACCAGCGAGCAGCGAGCACCACCUGACAAUCAACAACGCAACAGCAGCAGGGAGUCACACCUGUAGGAGAACUGGCUGUGUACGGCAGGCUGGGGUGGCAGAGCCAGAAGUGACUGGUAUACGCUGGCUGCGUGAGUCUAAGACGUGUGCCUCGAGCAAGAGAGACAAAGAACUAUACGGCUGGCUCAAGUGUGUGAAAGGUCAACCCCACGAUCACAAACACCUGAUGCCGACUCAGAUCAUCCCCGGCACAGUGCUGGCAGAUUUGGUGUCUUCCAUGCACUCUCUGAGAGAAAAACACAACAUCAAGUCCCACUGUCCCUGCAGCACCAAGCAGAACCUGCUCACCAAACUGCCAGCCACUAACGGAGUCUCACAGGUUCUGCAGAACGUCCUGAACCACAGUAACAAACUGUCUGUGCUCAAGACUGAGCUGUGCUCUCAGCAGAACUCCGACCAAGGAGGGACAAAGGUGGAGACUAACGGAGGGGGGGGGGGAAGCAGUCCAAGCAGCGAUGCAGGAAGUGCUCCUGUCACCCCGCCCGAGUCCCAGUCCCCUCUGCACUUCCUGGCUGAUCUGGCAGAGCAGAAGUCCAGGGAGGAGAAGAAAGAAAACAAGUCUGUGGUGCUGGGUAAAUCAGUGAAGGAGGACAAGGUGGGGGACAGCCUGGAGUUGCUGCAGCAGUGUAAGACCACCUCCCUGGUAGCCAACAGUACGGAGCAGGGCUCCACCCUCAGAGACCUGCUCACCACCACAGCAGGGAAGCUGAAGAUGGGCUCCACAGACGCUGGGAUCGCCUUCGCACCAGUCUACUGCAACGCUGCACAGCAUGGAAAAGGUGGGAGGACCAUGCCUAACAUCCUUGAUGAAAUCAUUGCUUCAGUGGUUGAAAAUAAAAUCCCGGCCAACCGCCAGAACAUCGCCAGCAAACUGUCAAUCAUCAAGCAUGAGCCUGUCACCCCUAGCAACAACAACAACCCCGCCCCUGCUAUCACUGAGGAUGUUAAACCAGACAGGAAGAAGACAGCUGCGGCGGUGUCAGAAGAAUCAACCAAUCAGUAUCCAGAUAUUCCUCACUGCUGGUUAAACAACAGGCGGCUGCUGUGGCUCAAAGAUCACCGCAACCACAACAACUGGAAGCUGUUCAGAGAGUGCUGGAGACAAGGACAGCCUGUCCUGGUGUCAGGGAUCCACAAGCGACUGAACAGCGCCCUGUGGAAAGCCGACUCCUUCAACCAGGAGUUUGCUGACCAUCAGGGAGACCUGCUCAACUGUAAGGACCAGGUGGUGUCCAACUCUGGGAUCAAGGAGUUCUGGGAUGGAUUCGAGGACAUCACCAAGCGGCCCAAGUCAAAGGACGGAGAGCCCAUGGUGUACAGGCUGAAGGACUGGCCCUCUGGAGAGGAGUUCAUGGCCCUCAUGCCCUCCAGAUAUGAUGACCUGAUGAAGAACCUGCCUCUGCCAGAGUACUCUGAUCCAGAGGGCAACCUGAACCUGGCCUCCCACCUGCCCUCUUUCUUUGUCCGGCCUGAUCUGGGGCCCAGGCUCUGCUGUGCCUACGGCGUAGCUGCGUCUCAGGACCAGGACUUUGGGACCGCUAACCUCCAUGUGGAAGUCUCAGAUGUGGUCUCGGUUCUGGUCUACGUAGGAGUCGCUAAAGGCAACGGAGUCCUGUCAAAAACUGGAGUGUUGAAGCGUCUGGAGGAGGAGGAUCUGGAUGAAGGGGUGCGCAGGAGGCUCAAAGACUCCAGUGAGACUCCGGGGGCUCUGUGGCAUAUCUACCUCAAAAAGACAUGAAAAAGUGCA